GAAUCUCUUGUACGUUGGCGUCGCAGUUCUAUCUUUUCGAGAUUCAAGUGAUUUAUUUUCGUUUGACAAUACGGAUUCGUUUGGUGUCAGACGAAGUCUUGCUCAUUGCUUAACCCAGUUGAACUUGCAUUACCUUUAGCAAUGGCAGAAAAGAAGGCUCCUUACCCCGGUGCUCCUCCUCAGCCACCCCAAGGCUUUGUGCAAGGCCCUUCCCAUGCAGCAUAUGGUGUGCCCACUUCUAGUCCAUAUGGAGUCUUCCCGACACAGGCUCAACUCUAUGCCGCGGCGGCUGCGGCACAAGCCCAGGCUCAGGGUCCACCACCUACAUAUGAUCAAACGUUAAAUCACCAUAUGGUUGGACAACAGAUGUACCCUCCUGGAGCUGCAGCUGCUGCAGCUGCUGCUGCUGCACAGAUGUAUGCAGCUCAAGGAUAUCCUGGUUACCUUGGCUACCCGAACCCUUACAAUCCUAUGCAGGCUGCCUACUACCCAUCUCUAGCUGCCUAUGCUUAUCCAGGCAUGCCGCCAGCGGCCGCUCAACAGUUCAGACCAACCAUCAUGGUUCCUGGGGCAUAUGAUCCAGGUGCACGUUUUGAUGGAAUUGCGCAACAGGUCAUCCCACAGUCACCCCCGGGAGUAGCUCCUAAUGCAGCUCAACUGGCAGCAAUGGCUGGCCAUGGAGUUGCACUUUCUCAGAAGAAAGGCUCGUACUUGGCUGGCGGCAGUGAGGGUGGAUACACAUUCUGGUAAACUUUUAAUUUUAUGGAAUUUUAUAUUGAAACUCAGACAUCUUUCAAUCAGGGUUGCCCCUCAUAAUUAUUAGACUCUUUGUUUGUAAAUGUGGAUUGCUGCAAGCGUUCCCAAAUAUCUAGAAUGUUUGAAAAAGACUUGACUAUAUUUCAAUCUAUUUGUCACAUCUCUCAUUUCUAUCUUGGAGAUGUUUUUGUUUCACACUAAAUGUUCCUUAAUUGUCUCCAUUGAGAGUUUGGUAUAGAAAAUUCUGUUUAUGGUGGCUUUGGUUAUUUCAACACUAACUGGCCAUCAUAUUACAAUUUUUUUUAUACUUUUUUUUUCUUUUUUUUUUUUGAAUUGCCAUGGAACUGAGUGUGCAUUUGGAUGUAUUCACUUGCUAUCAGCAGUUCAAGGGAAGCAUUGUUCUUCUGUGACAUAUUAAGUGCAAAAAUCGCUCUUAUGCUCCUAGAUAUGUGAUAAUGUUUAGUCAAGUUAGAUCCUCUCAUUUAGUUUGAGGAAAUCAGGAAUGACAAUGAUUGGUUCAUGAAGUUCUGUGUUACUGUAUUUUGUGGCUAAUAUGUCAUGAACAGGAGAGCACUAUUGUGCACUGACCUUAUUCUUUUAGAAUGGGUUAUUUGAUUAAAAGUGUGGAUAUGACCAGAUUGAAGACAGUCACUCUGUGGUUUCACUGGUUUUUCUUGUUGUUAGCUUGUGUAGCCUUUUGUUACAUUGAUACCUUUUUUCUUUUUGUGGGAAGUUAAACCAGAGAUGACAACAAAGACCCACAUCCUGUAGACAAACAUGUGGUAUUAAUUUACAUAUCGUUUGUGUACGUAUCAGUCCAAGUUUCCACAAAUUACAUCACUUUGUUAGUGUUAACUCCUAGGUUCUGUUAAUUCUCUUUAAUUUCUACCAUUCAAUUGGCAACCCUAGAUUGUAAGAGUGAUAAUUUAAUCUUAUCUAUUUGCCUUAUCGUGAUAAUUUAAAUUUUAUUGUAAGCUCCCAAAUUUCAAAGUUAAAUAACAAAGUGGAAACAUUUAAGAGAGUGAACAGGUUCUAGCCUCCAGUUGUUGUGGUUUUUCUGAAAGGAUUGAUCUAAGACAGAUAACUUAACUGAUUAUGGAGUAGUGCAAUACUUUCGUAAUUUGCAGUUUCUAAGUACAUAGUACAUACUGAUGCUAUUUCAGCUUCAUUUGUUUUUCUUUGCUUGAUUCCUCGGUAAAGGAUCUGAUUGCAUCUCCUCUUUGGUUUUCUUCUCCUUCUGUCCAUGCCAAGAAUUCGAUUCUCUACCAAUUGUGUCAAUUUAUCUCAUAUCUAUUUUAAUUUUCAAUAGCAUUCCAAUUUUGUUCUCAUCCCCAUUGUGUUAAUUUAAAUCUCAAAUUUUGUCUAUUAUUCUUUCAGAUUGGAAGGUUUUCACAUAGAGAUUCUAGGACGUCUACACAAUCCUUUUUAUUGGAAAAUUGGAAUGUUUUACAUCACAAAUUGUAUGUGCAGAAGGUGUUCUGAGUAAUACCAUCAAAAGUGUUCCUUGACCAUGGUGAGUCUUUGUCAUGGACAGUAUGCUGAAGCCCCCUUCCUUAUAGUUAUAUUUGUUGUGUUAUAAAGGAUUGUUAUGGUGUAAAUCACAUUUUCAAACAUCAAAAUCUAUCUAUUUGUUGUGUUGUCUCCUGCUUGUUCGCCUGUUGGCAUUUUUUUAAAAAUAGACCAUUCCUUGUUAUUUGAGUAUCAAUAUUUCGAUACUGGAACUCUGUAGUUCAUCACUACGGUGGUUAUUGUGAUAUUCCUGAUACCAUCAGAGGUGGGCAAUGUUGAAGAGAUCAACAGUGUCAUAUCCAAGGCAAAGUUUUUGGUUUCUACAAGCUCUCUUUCUAUUUUAAUUCCUAUUCUUGACUUUUUUCUCUGUAACUUUAACCAAGUGUCAAUCAACUUCUUUUUUAAUGGGCGGGGGGGAAGGAGGGGGGUGUUGUAGAAGUGUUGGGGAAGGGGCAGAGAGCUACUGCUAGAUUUUCUUCAUUGACUUUGAUAUGAUAUUUUGUAGACCAACUUGAAGCAUCAUCUUUAUGCUCUAGUAGACAGUGUUGAGAAAAUUUAACCAUUUAAAAUUUGUUACUUCUGAAGUGGAACAUCUCUUCCUUUCGUUAUCUGUGAUCUUUAUGGUUGGUUCUUCGUAGUAAUAUUUGAAUCUAAUUUUGCCUACCUCUGAAUAUGUUCAAAAACAUAUUGGUACCAGUAUCGUUGAAUUUUUUUAAAAAGUAGCAUUGCCAUCUUAAUUUUUUUUUUUUUAAAUAAUACUCAGACGUUUAUACUUAAUGAGAUUCCAUAGUGCUACAAGCUCUUUUAAAGUGUAAGCUUACGAUCAAGAUUUGAACUGUGUUGCCCAGAAUCAAAAGAGAUGAAAGUGGUUGACACCAAGUCCGUACUGUUUCUAAUGGGCUAGAGAUAAGUGUGAAUGUGCAUAUGACUAAGUAUGAUUCCUGUAUGUGCGAGAAUGCUUGUGUGUGUGGACUGUGAUCUGUUUUAUGAGAAUGUGGGAUUUGAAUGUGAGUAUGUGUUGUAUGCAAAUUAAUGUAAAACAUGCAAGAUUUCUUGCAUAACUUGAAGCUAUUGCAUGACUUAAACCUCUGAUUUGCGGAGUAUUUUUUUUUUUUUUUUUUUUUGUUCCUUUCAUAGAACUGUUUAAAGUGCAUGAAUAUUCAACUUCUGUAAUUCCUUUGUGCAGGAUUCUGUCAAAUAUCGCGCUCCUUUUUUUUGUAUUAACAUUUUUAUGUUCUUUGAAAUAUUUAUAAUUGUUUUGGUUACCUGUUCACUCACAUUUUUUGUAUGUUCAUUUUUUUUUCUCAUCUUGUUGUAUUUGUUUGGAAAGAGUCACAGAAUCAGUGAAUUACUGAAUUGAAUAAAAUGUUGCUGAAAGAACUGUAA